AAUUACAACUACGGGAUUAUAGUAGAAAUUAGUUAUGUGAAAUAUCAAUAGAGUAUAUUAUUGAUCAAAUAAUUGUAAAAUGGACAAAUAAAUCAAAUGAUUAUAUGAUCGUUUAACAAUAAAUAAAUUUAAUUUUCUAAAUUUUGAGUGCGAAAAAUAGCAUUGAAAAUUAAUUUUUAAGAAGUUACUCGACAACAUGUUGCUAUCCACGAAGUUUCUAAUCGUUGUAUGGCUCCUUCGAUUACAUUCAAUAUUGGCAGCUGUUAAUCGCAAUGUUAACAAUAUUAUUUCAUGUCAACUGCCGCAAAGCCUGUUAAACGAAAUAGAUUCCUACGAGCCAGUAGUUCGUGCCAUAAUAAACGAAGCUUUGAAUGGAUCGUUCAAAGGAACCACGUGGAACGAAUUAGCUCAUUUUACUGACACGUUUGGUCCUAGACCAUCCGGAUCUGAAGCGUUGGAACGUUCUAUCGACUACGUGCUGAAUAAAUCUAUCGAGUAUGGAUUAGAAAACGUCCACGGUGAACCUGUUACCGUGCCACAUUGGGUGAGAGGAAGAGAAUCUGUAACUCUUUUGAAACCGAGGCAAUUGAAUAUUGCUAUUUUUGGAUUAGGCACCAGUGUCGGUACUCCACCCGAAGGUAUAACCGCAGAGGCCAUCAUAGUGGACAGUUUCGAAGAAUUGAAUAGCAGAAAAAAUGAAGUACCUGGAAAGAUCGUCGUCUAUAAUCAGAAAUUUGUUUCAUACGAUGAAACUGUGGAGUAUCGAACGAAUGGAGCGAGGCAAGCAUCGAAAUAUGGGGCUGUCGCUGCUCUAGUUCGAUCAAUUACGCCAUAUUCGUUGUAUUCUCCGCACACGGGUCAGCAAAUGUACGGUGAGAAUGUGACUGAAAUUCCAGUGGCCUCCAUCACUAUCGAAGAUGCUACUUUGUUGAGAAGAAUGGCGAAUAGAGGUGAAAUGCUUGAAAUCAAUUUAAAAAUGGAAGCGAAAAAUCUGCCAUCCACAGUGUCGCGAAAUGCAAUUGCCGAUUUCCAAGGUUCCACAAAUCCUGAAAAGAUUGUCGUUGUUUCUGGCCAUAUCGAUAGCUGGGAUGUUGGCCAAGGAGCAAUGGAUGACGGUGGUGGUAUAUUCAUUUCGUGGCAGGCUGUGAAAUUAUUAAAAUAUCUUAAUUACAGACCACGACGAACAGUUAGAUUGAUCAUGUGGACAGCCGAAGAAGUGGGAAGCCUAGGAGCUUUGGAUUUCAUCAAGACACAUAAGUCUGAACAAAAUAACUUACAGUUUGUAAUGGAAUCGGAUGCAGGCACGUUUGCGCCUUUGGGCAUUGAAUAUACCGGUACAGAUGUAGUUGGAUGUAUCUUACAAAGGAUUAUGAACCUUUGCUCUCCUCUGGGAAACAUGAAGGUUCGCAGUCCCAGCCAAGGACCCGAUAUCGAUUUUUGGAUAAACGAAGGUAUACCAGGAGGUACUCUUUGGAAUCAAGAAGAUAAAUAUUUCUAUUACCAUCAUACGAACGCGGACACUAUGUUGGUCGAGGAUCCAGAAGCUCUCGAUAGAGGGACUGCCUUAUUUGCAGCGUUGUCUUAUAUACUCGCAGAUCUCAGUAUUGACCUGCCACGACACAAAUGACAUUGAUGUGGUUGAUAUUGGACUUACAAUAUUUGGAUUACAAUACUAAUUGUAACAGAAAAUGUAAAGAAAGUGUUCGAUAUUGAUUUAAUUUGGUAUUAAAAAUUUUAUAUAAUUUGAACUGUAUGAUAAAGUAAUGGAAAUAAAAAAAUGAAUUA